AAGUUUUCAAACACCCAAAAACUUGUAAUUAACCAAUACGUCACCACUAUUAUAAGACCCAAGUGGUUAAUAAUAUCUUAGCCAAAUCAUGUCAGUUAUGAGUAAAGUACAACUGUACAAGUCUUCUAUCCAUUAUUUUUUUCUAUUUAAUCCUAUGUUCAUGACUUCAUGAACUUUGUAUAAAUACACCAUAACAUAUCAUAUCAAUAUCAAUAUCAUAUGUCAUUGAAUUUUCAUGUAUUAUAUUAUAUAUGUAGGUGAGAGUGAAACACCCCAAAAUUCAACUUUCUUCAACUAUUGUUUUUGUAUACUAUAUAGUUUUCAUAAUAUUAUUGAUUCAAGUACCUGAAAAGGUUGAUUUUUGUUUUGAUAGCAGAUAAACACAGUUAAGGCAAGAUUGUAUCUUUUUCCAUAAAAGAUAACAAUAAGUUGUGAAGAGAGAUUAGUAUAAGAAACAAAAGUAUAUACAUAAUAGUAUAUAGAAGUAUAUACUAGAGAUUUGGUGUAUCAGAGGAGAUGGCUGGAGGAGGAUUUGUAAAUGCAGCGUCAGGAAGGGCAGCGUUGUAUGAAUAUAAGAUCACACCUUAUUUUAUAUUUGCUUGUGUUGUUGCAGCUAGUGGAGGAGCAUUGUUUGGCUAUGAUCUUGGUGUUUCUGGUGGAGUGACUUCCAUGGAUGAUUUUUUGGAGGAAUUCUUCCCCAAGGUUUACAGAAGGAAGCAUGCUCACUUGCUAGAGACAGAUUACUGCAAAUACGACGAUCAAAUCCUAACUCUAUUCACAUCCUCCUUGUACUACGCGGCUCUGGUGUCUACAUUCGGAGCUUCUGUUCUGACUCGAACCAAGGGCAGGAGAGCCAGUAUACUAGUUGGUGGUGCUAGUUUCUUUGCUGGAGGUAUCAUCAAUGCCUUUGCCCAAAAUGUUGCUAUGCUCAUUGUUGGAAGAAUUUUCCUAGGUUUCGGCAUUGGAUUUGGCAAUCAAGCAGUUCCACUGUAUCUUUCUGAAAUGGCGCCUGCAAAAAUUCGAGGAGCUGUUAAUCAACUCUUUCAGCUAACAACAUGUCUUGGAAUAUUAGUAGCUAACUUCAUAAAUUAUGGGACUGCCAACAUACAUCCUCAUGGAUGGAGAAUUUCGGUGGGUUUGGCAUGCCUUCCUGCAACUUUGAUGUUUGUCGGAGGACUUUUCCUUCCGGAAACCCCAAACAGUCUGGUGGAACAAGGCAGGUUAGAAGAGGGAAGGAGGGUGUUAGAAAAAGUCAGAGGUACCAAGAAUGGAGAGUUUGCUGACCUCAUUGAUGCUAGUGAAGCAGCAAGGGCUAUCAAACAUCCCUUCCGAAACCUUCUCCAGAGGAAGAACCGUCCUCAGUUGAUUAUAGGUGCUAUAGCACUUCCAGCAUUCCAACAACUUACUGGCAUGAACUCCAUUCUCUUCUAUGCUCCUGUUUUCUUCCAGAGUUUGGGAUUCAACACAAACGCUUCUCUAUAUUCAUCAACGAUCACCAAUGGAGCACUUGUGAUUGCUGCGUUGAUUUCAAUGGCUUUGGUAGAUAAGUUCGGAAGAAGAGCCUUCUACGUACAAGCUGGUAUAGAGAUGUUUAUUGAAAUGGUGUUGGUUGGCAUAAUUCUUGGCAUCUACUUUGGGGAUGGGAAGACAUUACCAAAGGGAAUUGGCUACUUCCUUGUUAUCAUGAUCUGCUUGUUCGUGUUGGCAUACGGAAGGUCAUGGGGUCCAUUAGGUUGGCUAGUACCUAGUGAGCUCUUCCCAUUGGAGACAAGGUCAGCUGGCCAGAGUAUUGUUGUGGGUGUCAACAUGAUCUUUACUGCCUUGAUCGCGCAAUGUUUCCUUGUGGCUCUCUGUCACCUAAAGUACGGAAUCUUCCUGUUAUUUGCCGGGCUGAUCUUGAUAAUGACGAGCUUUGUGUUCUUCUUCCUACCCGAGACAAAACAGGUUCCGAUAGAGGAAGUCAUCUUCCUAUGGAGAAAUCACUGGUUCUGGAAAAGCUAUGUAUCUGACGAAGAUGUGAAGGCUCAUACUGGUGGCAAGUUACCAUCUAGCAUCUAACCGGAGAUUGGAGAACACGUCUUUCAAAAUUAAUGUUCAUAAGUUGUGUACUUAAUCAUUCAGAAUCAUGAAUCAAUGUCCAACUUUAAGCAGUUGGUCAAAAAGAGCAGAUAGCAUGUUUCCAGAUACUGAGAUUGUCCUACAGAAUCGACUGUCAGAUUGUUGUAGAAAGAAGCAUUCUUAGACCAUGACUGCAUAAUUUUGAAGCCAAUUAUAGAGUGCACCCUGUGAUUAUAUGAUAAAUGCAGUAUCAUAUUUUUAGAUUUAAA